AAAUUUGUAAUUACGUCCAUAUUUAAUUCAUUGGCAGGUUGGUGGGCAACAUACCCUAAAUUGUAAAUUCCCAGUUGUUUGACAUUCUAAUUCGGUCGCUCCAAGCGUAUCUCCAUUCUCGAUGGGGAAACGUAAAAGGAGAUCUGUAACUUUUAAUGGAGAAGAUAGAAUCAGUAACUUGCCAGAGCACUUAAUUGACUCGAUCUUAGAGCGGAUCCCAUUUGAAGAUGCCAUAAAAACAAGCAUUAUAUCAAAAAAGUGGAGGUACAAAUGGACCUCAAUGAAGGUGUUGACUUUUGAUAAAGACUUCAAUGAGAAAAUUGCAAAAAAUGGAGCUAUUGAUUACAAUGAAUAUAUAAACACCAUAAACCAAGUGUUACUUCUUCACAAGGGUCCUAUCUCAAAAUUUGUUAUCCAUAUACCACCUAUGUUUCUUGAUAGCUUCGAAGAAAUUGAUGAAUGGAUGAUGUUGUUAUCAAGAAACAAUGUGACAAAACUCGUUCUUACUAAUUCAAAUCAACGAUAUGAGCUUCCUUCUCAUGUAUUUUCAUGUUUAGGAUUAACAGAGUUGAUAUUGGAGAAUUGUUUCUUCAAUCCACCACUUCAGUUUGAAGGGUUUCUUAAUCUUGUAGAACUUUUCCUUCAGCAUAUUGAUUUUGGGAAGAAUUUAAGUGGAAAUCAGAUGAACUUACCACAACUUAAGAAUCUGAAUUUUCUUGAGUGUACGAAUGUUCACAAUUUCAACAUCAAGGCUACAAAGAUGAAGAGUUUAAUUCUAGUCACGUGUCCUGAUGCUAAUUUGCUACAAUUGUUGGAAAAUCCUUCUAUUGUUGUGUUUGGUGUAUCUUUUCGGAUUUUUGAAGAUUUUGAUAGAGUUGAGAUGAUAAAUUCCCUCAGCUUUUUUAGUAGCUUAACAAGAAUUGAAGACUUCUUAAUCGAGGGUAAUUUUCUUAAGGUAUGAUACGAAAGUAAACUUUAAAUGCUUUCCAUUUACUCUUCCUUAAUUACUUAUAUAUAGUAUACGCAAAUACGCGAUUGAGUAUUGAUAAGGUUAAUUCAAACUAUAUGGUUUUUUUAGUGAAUUGCUUUUUUGGUCCCUGUAGUAUUCAGAUAGAUAAAAUGACAAAUGGUCGCUGUAACGUUUUUUACAAAAAUGGCCUUGUGUUUGAAAUACAAAAUGACAGAAAUGCUCCCUGUGUGAGAUUUUUUUACAGAAAUGGUCCUUCUGUAAGAAAAUUAUAGAAACGAUCCCCGUCUAAGACAAAAUUACAGAGACGGUCCCUCUGUAGGAAUAGAAGAAAUUGCAGAAAUGAACCCAGCGUAA